CCAUGGGAACGAAGGUAGCCAACCCGUACAGUGACUUCCGCUCCGCCCAGACUACGACGCGGGCUCGAGCUGCGCCUGAGUGGGCCCCGGACAGAGAUGCUGAAGGCCAAGAUCCUCUUUGUGGGGCCCUGCGAGAGUGGAAAAACCGUUUUGGCCAACUUUCUGACAGAAUCUUCUGACAUCACUGAAUACAACCCAACCCAAGGAGUGAGGAUCCUGGAAUUCGAGAACCCACAUGUUACCAGCAACAACAAAGGCACGGGGUGUGAAUUUGAGCUCUGGGAUUGUGGCGGCGAUCCAAAGUUCGAGUCUUGCUGGCCAGCCCUGAUGAAGGACUCUCACGGAGUGGUGAUCGUCUUCAAUGCUGACAUCCCAAGUCACCUGAAGGAAAUUGAGACGUGGUAUUCCUGCUUCGUCCAGCAGCAGUUCUUACAGAAUACUCAGUGUCUGUUAAUUGCACACCAUAAACCAGGCUCCGGAAGUGACAAAGAAAACCCAGCUUUGGCACCACCCUUGAACAAGCUGAAGCUGGUGCACUCGAAUCUUGAGGACGACCCAGAAGAGAUCAGGAUGGAAUUCAUCAAGUAUUUAAGAAGCAUAAUCAACUCAGUGUCCGAGAACAGAGACCGGGAAGAGAUGUCCAUUAUUACCUGACCGGCUUUCAUCUGGAAGCUUCCACAUCCCAAAGUUAAUGUCAGUGCAGAGCCUGAAGUCCAUCCACCUAAGAAGGUUCUCAUCGCCCUCUGGCUAUAGAAGGCGUUUUCCUUGUUUGCCCCAAAGACCAGUCAGCCAGGGAGUUGACUCCAUACCAUCUGUUCUCCAUCCUUAGUUCAGCUGAGAAAAUCCUGUUGUUGAAUUCUGAUUCCUUUGCCCCAGAUCUCUUCAAAGAGCUGAAAAACCGAGGUGGGUGUUUUUUUUUUUUUUUUGCUUCCUUCCAUAUGUCACAUCGUUAAAGUUGCAGAAUUGUCCCUGUCAUAGCCCAGUGGUAUGACCAUAGUUUAAUUCACGUGGAUUGGUUUAAAUAUGAUUUUCAUUCCUUAAUCUGCACAAUUUCCCUAGGACAUUUUAGAAAAAUACUAGCAUUUAACCUCUGCAAGAUUGUAUUUUUACUUCAAUGUCCUUGCUAUCUGGACACCAUAUCUCAUUGGAUGGUAGAAUACGUAUACAGUCUCUAAAAAGUUUUUUAUUUUCUUAGGGGAAUUUACUUCUUAAAUAUUAUUUUGUGUAAUACAGGGGAAAACUAUGUUAUACUGUCAUAACACCUAAUCUAUAAAAACGGUUAAAAGAGUUAAUGCUCAGAAUAACCAAAUAUGGCAAGUUUACAGCUUAUUGUACCAGUGAAUGUGUUUUAGUGAUCUUGGGAAUUACUGUUCUUUCAUAAUUUUUGCUUCCUGAAUUUUUUAAUAUAGCCAACCUAAAAAUAAGUAGAUCAAAAGUGAAAUGUAUGUCGUUUCAACUCAAAGUGGAAGAAAAGUAGAGACACUUAAAAGAGAUGAAUAAAUAUGCUUGGCUGCGUUUUACUCUUACAAUGAAGAGGGAUAAAAUGUAGCCAUGUGGGCAGUCUGGUUGAGAGAGUGGUAUUGGCAGAUAAUGACAGUUUCGGCAAAUCAGGGCUUCCCUAGUGGCUCCGUGGUAAAAAAUUCCGCCUACCAAUGCAGGAGAUGUGGGUUCGAUCCCUGGAUGGGGAAGAUCCCCUGGAGAAGGAAAUGGCAACUCACUUCAGUAUUUUUGCCUGGGAAAUCCCAUGGACAGAGGUGCCUGGCGGGCUACAGUCCAUGGGGUCACAAAAGAGUCAGACACGACUUAGUGACUAAACAACAACAAAACUUUUAGUAAACUGCCUGGAUCAUCCGUGAGCACAUUUUAAGCCUAGCUUGAAUUUCUUCUUCCUGGCCCGCUCUCAGUUGGAACUUUUGCAAGGAACACAAACAGGAGAUUACACUAACUCAAACUGUAGUAAAUCUUCUUUACACAACAGCUGCAAUAAUACUAAUUGAUCAGAACUUCAGUGGUUAAGAAGGUCCAGUGGUUAAGAAUCCACCUCCCAGUGCAGGGGAUGCGGGAUUGAUCCCUGGUCAGGGAACUAAGCCCCAGGUGCCGCCACUCAGCCCCACAUGCAGCAAUGAAAGAUCCUGCAACUAAGACCUGACAUGGCCAAAGAUAAACAAAUACUGUUAAAGAAAGAUCCCUUUCUCUGUAUCACAGAUGUGAGGAGCCACAGAUGCAUGAAAGAGCCUAGAUGUGUGGGAGCAUCACUCAAUGGGUGGAAAAGGGAGUGUGUGGAGAUGGCCAGGUGUGCUUGUGUGGGUGAUCAGACAAGGGGUCAGAUGGUGAAGGGAUUCUCAGACCCGACCAAGGAGUCAGGCUUUGAGGCACCACUGAAGGAUGAUCACUGCAGAUAGAUGUAGGAUCUCCAUGGUAGAAAAGCCCCCCUGACAACAGCAUGAGGGCUGGAUCAGAAGGCAGACAAGUGUAGAGGUGGCUGCCGUCACUCCAGUCUUUGAGGCCAGCAUCUUCAAAUCUCUCUCUGCUCCUUCUUCACAUCGCCUAAUCCCCUGUGUACCUGACUCAGAUCUCCCUCUACGGCACUCUUAUUAGGACACUUCUAAUUGCAUUUAGGGCCCACCCACGAAAUCCAGGAUAAUCUCCCCACCUAAACAUCCUUAAUUUAGUCACAUCUACAAAGAUGCUUUUUCUAAGUAAAGUAUCAUUUACAGGAUAUGUGCAUUACAGGGAGUCACGUCUAUCAGGCUCCCAGGGGCCAUUACUCAGCCUAACACAUAUGCUGUUCAUUGAGGCAUUAUGGGAGCGUCCCUGGUGGCUCAGAUGGUAAAGAAUCGCCUGCAGUUCAGGAGACCCGGGUUCGAUCCCUAGGUCUGGAAGAUCCCCUGGAGAAGGGCAUGGCAACCCACUCCAGUAUUCUUAUCUGGAAAAAUCCUAUGGACAGAGGAGCCCGGUAGACUACAGUCCAUGGGGUCACACAGAGUUGGACUUGACUGAGCGACUAAAGAGGACGCAUUAUGGAAGAAAAGGAGUAGGUUUGAGGGGAGUGACAAAUGACUAGGUCAAGGUGACUCAGCAAGUGACUCAGAACUGGACCCCAUGCCCCAGCUCUUUCCACUGUCCCGUGUAACUGGGCAGAUGAGUCCCACAAGUGGACCUGGCCAAGAGUGCCACCCUUUGAGACUGAACUUGGUAAAGCAAUAACUACAGCAACAACAGCAGGGCAAAUAACCACUUUUGAAGCUAAACCACCCAGAAAAUGGUUUGCAAGUAUGUGGCCCAUAGAUCUAGCAUCAUAUUUCUUGAAACCAAUCAAAUGACCGAGUCGCAUUCUGAAGCUUUCUCAGUCGUAAAGAAAACUACAACUCACGUUGUAACUUGAAUGUCUAUAUCUUGAAAUUGUUCAGGAAUGUUCCUGGACAUUAUAUGUUUUCUGGAACACCAGAAGACCCUUAUAUCCAUAGUGUAGGCUAAACUGCUAUAACAACAGGUAGAAUUUUGCUGGCAACUGAGAACAUGUAAAAGUUCAUAAGAGAGCAGUGCUCCAAUAUCCAUGGAAAAGGUAACUAACUGCAUUUGCACCACUCAAAAUCAUUCUGAAUUAUGGCUCUUUUAGAUCUUGACUUCAGCCUUCCCCAUCUGAUUCCUGAGAAGUACAUGAACAUCUUGGCCUUGUUGCUGUUUAGUCGCUAAGUCAUGUCCAACUCUUAGUGACCCGAUGAUCUGCAGCAUGCCAGGCUUCCCUGUCCUUCACUCUGUCUCAGAGUUUGCUCAGACUUAUGCCCACUGAGCCAGUGAUGCCAUCCGACUGUCUCAUCUUCUGUCACCCCGUUCUCCUUCUGCCCUCAAUCUUUCCCAGCAUCAUUCUGGCCUUGGCUGAUGCUUUUUCAACAAAUGUACUCUUUCCUCAGGCAAGAAAUGAAGGUGUCUAUGUUUUAAAAACCAAAACCAAAGAAAUUAAAUAAAUGAGGAAGGAGGAAACUCUCUGCUUUUGAAUGUUAAGGAAAGAUUACAUAUUUUUGACUGUGACUUCUAAAUUGCUUUAUCAGGUAAAUAGUUCUCUACAUUUAUGAUCUGAGCCAUUCUUCCUACCAAAGUUAAAAGCUAAUGGAAAUAUUGUGUCUGCCAAGUAUUCCCACUUCAAAAGGCAAGUUCUUGGUGCUUUGAUGUGAGCAACACCUCAUCUGUCAUUUUACACCACAGAGUUCAUUCCUAUCUAGGCUUUCUGAUAGCGUUUAAAAGUAUGCCUCCUUUCUCUAAAGCCUCAGGCAGAUUUACUCCACACUUACAGCUCUUUGGAUCAAGCGUAAAUAUAGAACCUAAGACUUUCAAAGUGUUGUGCGGAAAAAAAAAAAACUCAUCUAUUUUAUAUUUAGAGUCUUACAAGAGCUUUGUAAUAAGUAAUUUAUGUAAGAACGAUCGUGUUUUCCUUUUUUUUUUUUAAUAAAUCUUUUGGGUGACUUUACAAGACUUGGAAAAAUAUCUAGCUGUGAGUUAAUCAGAUUAUGUAAUAAAAUAUUUUGUUCAGAAAAAUAAAAUUCUAAUUUUAUCAAAGUA